AUGGUCGCGAACACCCUCGAUGACAGCUCGAACAAAUUCAGCCCCAAUAACCGGGUCAAUCUCGCCCGUCGGUUUGUUCUAUUCUCGAUCAACGCCGAAGUCCGUUGCCAGGAACCCGGGCAGAACGCGCCAGACUUGAACGCCAUCUUCGUGGAAAACUCGCGCCCAUUCGCGCAUCAGCAUAUCCAUACCCGUCUUGCUAGAACGGUAUAA